AAGAAAUAAAUAGAGAUGGAAAAUCAAACUUCUUUAACUGUUAUUGAUGAUCAAUUAACUUAUCCUGACAAAUUAUUAGAAAAAAUUGGUAUACUUAAUUCAAAUAUAAUUAAACUUCAAUCAUCAGAUUUACAAAUAGAAAUUCCAAAAUUUGCUUCUAUCAAUUUUAUAUUUUGUCAAAAUGAUUUUGUAACUGAGAUAAAUAAAUUUUACAAUUUAUUAAAUCCAGGAGCUCUAAUAAAAUUUUACAUAAUCAUACAAAAUAUUCCAUCUGAAGAAAGUUAUAAUAAAUAUAUAUCUUUAAUAAAAUCUCUUGGUUUUAUUAAUAUAUCAAAGCUCAGAAGUUAUCAAAAUGCUGAUGACCAUUUUAUUGGAUUAGCUUGUGAAAAAACUUCCUUUGCUCUAGGUUCUGGAAUGAAAUUAAAUAUGAAAAAGAAAGAGCCAGCUAAAAUAGAUGAUAAAGUAUUUCAGGAAAUUACUAAAAUAUGGUCCUUGUCCGCCAACGAUACAUAUGAUGACCUGAUAGAUCCCGACGAUUUAUUGAAUCCGGAUGAUUUAAUCAAACCACUAGAAUUACCACCCAAAGAUUGUAACCCGGACACUUUACAAACCGCCAAGAAAAAGAGGGCCUGCAAAAACUGUACCUGCGGUUUGGCCGAAGAGAUUAUCAAGGAAAAGAACGCGCAAACCGGGAAAAUCGAGAUCAAAAGUCAAUCCAACUCCUCCAGUUGUGGCAGUUGCUAUCUCGGAGACGCUUUCAGAUGCUCAACGUGUCCCUAUGCCGGCUUACCACCUUUCAAACCUGGCGAAAAGAUUGUCAUCUCGGAAAGCUACCUUCAAAAUUGAAUCUCGAAAAAAGAAAAAUGUCGAUUUUCAAAAAAAUAUAUAUUCUACCAAUUACAACAACGCGUUUACUUUUUUUCCCUAUUAAAAUCAAAUCCUAAAUUUUUUUCCUUGGAAAUAUUGCCCCCCCCCCCUCCCUUCCUCUGGUCGAUAAACCCUUAAUUUUAAAUUAAUAUAUGAUCACUAAUGAAAAUGUAUUUACAUUUAAUAAUUGUAAAUUUUUUUGUAUAUGUAUUAUCAAAAUUUUAACGAUGAUUAUUAUUUAUCAUUAAUUAUAUAUUUUAUAUAG